ACUCCAGGUGAUCGAUUCUGUUGCCUCAGUCUCUGAAUUUCUGGGUUACAGGCAUGAACUGUCAAAUCCAGUCUUUACUUGGAAUUUUGUAAACUUGUUAUCAAUCCAAUAUAGGUCCACAUGUAGCCCUGGCUAGCCUCAAAUUCGAUUACGCAGCAAAGGAUGACCUUGAAUUUCUGAUCUUCGUGUCUCCCACACCCCAGGAGAGAGGAUUAUUGAUAUGGGUCACCAAGUUCCGCUUUGAUAAAAAUUGUAUACCUGAAUUGAUCGGGCGUGGCCUUUCUUGGGUCGGGCUCUGGCGCCCCCUGCUGCCCAUUGUGACGCGGGCCACAGGGCCGCUCAGGCGGCGGAGGUCCGGGCGGAGGUCCGGGCAGAGUGCUGGAGCUAUGGUUGAACCGCUGGAGCAGUUGCUGCAGCUGCAGAAGGACAACCGCGACGGCCGCCUGCGGAAGCAGGAGCUGGAGGAGCUGGUGCGUGGGCUGGAAGCCGAGAGCGAGAGCCUCACCGGGCGUCUGGACGAGUUGCGCGAGCGCGAGCGCAGCCUGCAGCGGAGACGAAGUCAAGCGUCGCGGGCGAUUCGAGGGGAGGCGCGCGAGGCGGCACGGGAGCGCGCGGAGCAGGCUCGUGGGCUACUGGAGGCCGCGGAGCAGCACCGACUGGACCUGGAGCAACACAAUCGGAAGCUGCAGGAAGAGUGGGAGGAGCUGUCCAGCCAGCUUUUCUACUAUGGAGGAGAAGAGUUGAGUCAACAGCGAGCAGAGCAGCGACUGGGAACUCAGCUUGCGGCACUGCAGAAACAUCUGGAGCUGGCGGAGGCCAAAUUCACCAUGCAGGCAGAGGACCUGCGACAGGGCGCGCAGCGUACGGAAGAGGCCUGGGCCAGCUUCCAGGAGCAGAGCGGAGUCCUGCAGGAGCUGCAGGGGAAGGUGAUGGAGGCAGCGGCUGCGCUGGAGGCUACGCGUGGUGGCGCAGAACCGUGGAACUCGCAGCCUCGUCGGGUGCAGGACUGCGUGGGCUCACUCAUGGAGGAGGUGGCCAGGGCUGACUGUGAAAAUCGGCUGUUUGGCGGUGCGGGCGCUGGGAGCAUCAGGUUGUGGGCGCUCAGCGCACUGCAGACGCUGCUGCUGCUCCCACUGGGCUUCCUGGCACUGCCGCUGCUCUACGUGGCGCUGGGGAAGCCCGACACCGUUGGCCAGGGGCUCCCGAGUAGUCUUGGCUCGGACACAGUCUUCCGUAGGCUGCGCUACACGCUGUCGCCUUUGCUUGAAUUGCGCGCGCGCGGACUGCUGCCUGCUUAG